UAAUUUUGUAAUUUAGCCAAAUAUAUAUCUGCCAUCAAUCUCUCUCUAUCUUCGCCGCAUCAACUGAUUGUUUCGCACCCUGUGCUUCAAAUUCGAUCGAUGGAGGACAAGGAACGCUGUACACAAACUGAAGCCCAAGGCGAAUUUCAACCUCUGGCGUCUAGGGUUUCCACAAUCUCAAUCUGCACAGAAGCCACCAAUCACACGGAUUGCGAGGGAUUUCAUCAGCAUAAAGAGCACAAUGAUUUACAAGACCCAGUUUGUUUCAUGAACCAACAAAUGGAUAAAUUUGAAGAACGUAAUACUGAGUUACCUUCUUGUUGGACAGAGGAGAUGGAUGAGAUAAUGGGCCUUAUGGGGCAAGAAAUGGCUAAAGAUGCUGAAUUACCUCAACAAGCAAGGAAGGAGAAUGAAGGGCAGAGAGGUUUACUGAGCCAACAAUUGGAUAAACCUAAAAAAUAUAUUGAAGUACCUCAACACAAAAGUGAGGGUGAUGAUCAGAAGAGUGAUUUUAUGAUCCAAGUAAUGGACAAACUUGAAGAAUGUGAUAUUAAAUUACCUCAACAAUUAAUGGAAGAGAAUGAUGAGAAGAGUGCGUUCAUGGACCAAAAAAUGGCAAAACAUGAAGCAUGUGAUCCCAUAUUAUCUCAACAUUUUAAGGAAGAGAAUGAUGAGAAUAGUGGUUUCAUAGCCCAAAAAAAGGCAACGCAUGAAGCAUGUGAUACCAAAUUACCUCAACACUUAAAGGAGGAAAAUGGUGAGAAGGGAGAAUCAAAUACCAACCACAGAAAAUUAGGAAAAUACUUCUAUUAUGACUCACCGCUUUCUGAAGGAACUGGGGUUUGGAUACCUGUUUCUGUUCCACCUCUGUCAGAAAGUGAGCAUGAAGAGUGGGCCAGAGGUCUGUAUCCAAAUGGGGGAUACUUCCCCAAAGGAGACAUGGGUUGGAGUCAGUACAUUGAGGAAGAUAAAGAGUUGACCAUGUGGGAUGUGGUAGUUGAAAUGUUACUUGUGGCCCAGGGAAAAGUUAGUGCUCUUGCUUCAGGCGAUAUUCGUAAAAUUUCACGGAUAUCAAGCCACCUAAUUGAGCAAGCUUGGAAAGAGAUGGCUGAGACUCUCACCGAGGCCAAUUUUGGAUACACAGUGAAGAUUCUUGAAGCGGAGCCACCAAAAUGGCUGCCUGAUAGUGCUGCUUCUGCUUGUAUGCUAUGUAAUAUCCGUUUUCACCCUAUCAUGUGCGGCCGGCAUCACUGUCGGUUUUGUGGAGGAAUAUUUUGUGGCGAGUGUACUAGAGGAAGGAGCUUGUUGCCAGCUAAGUUUCAUGAGAACAAUCCCCAACGAGUGUGUGAUGUUUGUUGUGUGCGUCUUGAAUCUGUCCAGCCACACUUAAUGGAUCAAGUAAGUCGUGCUGCUCAGUUACCAACCAAUGAUGUUACAGACCUCAGCACUUUAAGAUCAUGGGCAAAUUUUCCAUGGGCUCAGUCCAUGGAAUAUGAGAUCUACAAGGCCACAAACACAAUUCGGGGUUAUAAUGAUAAGGUUGGUUCUCUGAGACUCGAGAAAGCAAUUCCAGAUGCUAUUCUACGACAAGCAAAAGGCCUUGCAAUACUUACUAUUGUGAAAGUUGGCAUGAUGGUUACCUACAACAUUGGAACAGGAUUGGUUAUUGCUCGUAGGGAAGAUGGCUCAUGGUCUCCGCCCUCUUCCAUUUCUUCGUUUGGCGUGGGUUGGGGAGCUCAGGCUGGUGGAGAGUUGAUAGACUUAAUUAUUGUACUGAGGACAAGUGAUGCCAUCAAGACGUUUAGUGGUGAUGUGCAUCUCUCAAUGGGAGCUGGUUUGAGUGCUGCAGUUGGCAUUGUUGGACGGGCAGUUGAAGCUGAUGUGCGAGCUGGUGAUGGUGGCUAUGCUGCUUGUUAUACAUAUAGUUGCAGUAAAGGUGCAUUUGUUGGAUGUUCACUAGAAGGGAGCGUUGUUACUACUCGCACCCGAGAGAAUUUCCGAUUCUAUGGCAGUCAAUCAAUAAAUGCAUCAGAUAUUCUUCUUGGCUCAUUACCUCGGCCACCUGCAGCUGCCAUUCUCUAUCGCGCUCUGGGAGAUUUAUAUCAAAAGCUUGAGAGAUGACCAGUUGUGUAGAAUUGAAUUGUCACAACCUAUUUUAGGGAAUUGGGAUUGGAAUAUUUGGGUUGUAAUUGCAUUUCUGGAUUUGCUGGGUCGUUUUCCACGAUUCUUUUCUGUGUACAUAGUUGGUGCUAAAUAAUUGUACAGUAGGUUAUUAGAAAAUUGUAUAAAAUUGUACUGGGUGAAGCUUAUGACCAAAUUGUAAAUAUGAUGUUUAAUUACAGUAAAGCAGGUCAAAAGCUAAUGAUCUGGUUGUAGGUCAAGUGUACAGAAUAGUUUGAAUGUUCUCCCAAGGAAAAAAGGAAAUAAAAAUAAAUUUCUCACAUGAGUCAGCUAAA